UGGCAUGGCACUGGUAUUUAUAUACAAAGAAUCUUAAAUUUUAUUAUCUCUCUCCAUUUCUAGAUCCCCAAAACCCUCAUACUUUUUUUUUUCCUUCCCAUCGAUCUCGCCAAUGGCCAACACUAAUCUCCCUCGAAGAAUCAUUAAGGAAACUCAGCGUCUCCUCAGUGAACCAGCGCCUGGAAUUAGUGCCUCACCAUCAGAGGAUAAUAUGCGAUAUUUCAAUGUGAUGAUCCUUGGUCCAACACAAUCUCCAUAUGAAGGAGGGGUUUUCAAGUUGGAACUAUUUUUGCCUGAAGAAUAUCCCAUGGCUGCUCCUAAGGUUCGAUUUCUUACAAAGAUAUACCAUCCUAACAUCGAUAAGCUUGGAAGAAUAUGCCUUGAUAUUCUCAAAGACAAAUGGAGUCCAGCUCUCCAGAUUCGAACUGUACUUUUGAGCAUUCAAGCACUCCUGAGUGCUCCUAAUCCUGAUGAUCCACUCUCGGAGAACAUUGCUAAGCACUGGAAAACAAAUGAGGCUGAAGCCGUGGAGACAGUUUCCUUGACUAUUUGCAGCUAAGGAAUGGACCCGUUUAUAUGCGACCGGUGCGUAAUACAAGUGGCGGAACCGUUAGUGCUCUUAAAAUAACAUUUUUAUGCAAUGUAAGCUAUUCAAUGUUAAAGUUAAGGUUUGAAAGAGUCUGAUAUUCGCAAAGCUUUCAGCUGCAACCUGAGUUGGAAGCAGUGCAGUCUCAUCUCUGAACUUGUAAGAUAAUAUACAUUGUUCUCAAAAACUCUGAAAUGCUCAAACUAAGGGAUUAUUCUCUAAUAUAGCAAAAUGUUUAAACGAAAUAAUUAAAUCUAAUUGUAAUUGAUUAAAUUUUGUUGACUAA